UUUUCAUAAUAUUUUCUUUUCUUCCCCAAAAUUAAAAAAAAAAAAAGCUACGUUCUGUUGGGAUUUGCUUUUUUCUUUUUAUUUCAGUUUUCGCUCCAUCUUCGACUAUAAAUUUCUCUCUCGAUCCACUAGGGUUUGUUCCUUCCCAUUGGGUCGAUCUCGAUCUCGCUGGCGCAACCGCAACUGUGCUCUGCAUGCUUGCGUUCAUAUACCCUUACCGGGGCUGGGAAGUUUGAAGUUUGUUAAGCAAACAGAGAAUAACAGAAGAUGCUUUGGAGAAAAAUUGGGGAUGAUGAAUGGCUUUCUUGUUUCUUGUUCAAUAUGUUUCUCGAGAGAAGCAAGGUCGAGUGGUUAUGUAUUGCACAGCAUGACAUGUCAUUGCCUAUAUAUGAGUAUUUUUUGAAGAAUGAGACUUAUGGGGUAUGAUUUCAUGAUUUUGUUUAUACACACUUGAGGUUUAUGAUCUUAUUUAGGCAUUUAUAGACCAAGCAAGUUCUAUUGCCAAUACAGUUGCAGCUUUUAGGAUUAUAUAGUUGAGGAAUGGAUGAUGAAGGAGAUUUCGAGUUGUUACUUAACAGUUGGAAUACCAAGAAUCCAACUGAUCGGCUUUUCAUUAUGUCUUGCUUCAUAGCUGCCCUUGUUGGAAUUUUGACCAUAGCUUACACGGCCUUUCAGUGGAGGAGGAACAUCAAUCUAAGUUGGACAAAAGCCAUAGCUAGGUCUAAGAAAAACCCAAAAGCAAGGCACGAAGCUCCUGUGGCUCCUCAUACUUGGAGUCUAGAAUCGGUAUGUCGUGCAAAGAAUUUAAGCUGCUGUGUAUGCUUUAAGUCCAUGUCACCCUCUCAAACUCUAGGGCCUAUAGUAGCUUCUGACAGUUUUAUCCACCGUUGCUGUAUUUGUGGUGCAGUAGCUCAUUUAAGCUGUUCUUCUAGUGCCCACAAGGACUGUAAGUGUGUUUCUAUGAUUGGAUAUGAGCAUGUCAUGCAUCAAUGGGCUGUUUGUUGGACAGAUGUAGCUGAUCAACCCGAUGAAACCACUUUCUGUAGUCACUGUGAAGAGCCAUGUGGUGGGACGUUCCUUACUGGUUCCCCAAUAUGGUCUUGCUUGUGGUGCCAGCGUUUUGUACAUGUUGAUUGUCACAAUACAAUGUCUAAUGAAACGGGUGAUAUAUGUGAUUUGGGCCCCUUAAAAAGAUUGAUACUAUCACCACUGUAUGUGAAGGAAUUGAACAAGCCCUUGCCCGGUGGAUUUUUGAGUUCAAUUACUCAUGGGGCAAAUGAGAUAGCAUCUUCAGUUCGGGCUAGUAUUAGGAACAAGAGCAAAAAGUACAAGCAUGGAAAUGAACCAUCGUUUGCAUCUGGGAGUAAUGAGAGCAUUGAUGAAAUAUCCACAGAAAGCACUAGUGAUACUCAUCAAGUAGUUAAUGGUCAUCUUGAAACGGAGGAGCAAAAUAGUGUUGGCAUGAAUAAGGAGGUUCGACAUCAAGAUGGUGAAGCAGAUAAAAAGAUGGAAAGAAAACCCAGUCUUAAACGCAAUUCAUCAAUCAAUCAGAAGGAUGAGUCCCAUGUUUUAGGAGUGAAACAGAUAUAUGAGUUGAUCGAUGUACCUCCAGAUGCAAGACCAUUGUUAGUUUUUAUAAACAAGAAGAGUGGUGCCCAGCGUGGAGACUCACUUAGGCUGCGUCUGAAUAUUCUUCUAAAUCCUGUUCAGGUGUUUGAAUUAAGCUCAUCACAGGGGCCAGAGAUGGGACUUUAUUUGUUUAGAAAGGUGCCUCACUUCAGAGUUCUUAUAUGCGGGGGAGAUGGUACUGUUGGUUGGGUUUUGAAUGCAAUAGACAAGCAUAAUUUUGUUUCCCCUCCCCCAGUUGCUAUUCUUCCCGCUGGUACAGGAAAUGAUCUUGCUAGAGUUCUCUCUUGGGGAGGUGGCUUGGGUCCAGUGGAGAGGCAAGGGGGUCUUAGCACAUUUCUGCAUCACAUAGAACAUGCUGCGGUUACUAUUCUUGACCGCUGGAAGGUAACAAUUAGUAAUCCACAAGGAAAGCAACAGCUCCACCCACCAAAGUUUAUGAACAACUAUCUUGGAAUUGGUUGUGAUGCAAAGGUUGCUUUGGACAUUCAUAAUCUGCGAGAAGAGAAUCCAGAUAAGUUUUAUAACCAGUUUAUGAAUAAAGUUCUAUAUGCGAGAGAAGGCGCUAAAAAUAUAAUGGAUAGGACAUUUGCAGAUUUUCCUUGGCAGAUUCGAGUUGAGGUGGAUGGAGUUGAAAUUGAGGUCCCUGAGGAUGCAGAAGGCGUGCUUGUUGCGAAUAUUGGAAGCUACAUGGGAGGUGUAGAUUUGUGGCAAAAUGAGGAUGAAAAUUAUGAUAAUUUUGAUCCACAAUCUAUGCAUGAUAAGGUACUUGAAGUUGUGAGCAUAUCUGGAACAUGGCACCUCGGGAAGCUUCAGGUUGGACUUUCUCGAGCUCGAAGACUUGCACAAGGACAGUCAAUUAAGGUACAAUUGUUUGCUAUGUUCCCUGUACAAAUUGAUGGAGAACCUUGGUUUCAGCAGCCCUGUACAAUAUCCGUAACCCAUCAUGGCCAGGUUAUUAUUCUAAAACUCCUCCACUGUGCAUCACAAGUGGUACAUCACCUACUUUGUGUUAACUAUCACUUGCUUUAUCUUACUUUGCAUUUGAUAUCCUUAUAUCUGUAUUUUCUUACACUUUAUAUAACCGGAUUUCUACAUGUUUUAUAAUCCUGUACAGACUGGCAGGGACAUGUUUACCCAUUUGUAAUGAUUUUCGUAAUGAAAAUGACCUCUGCCACUGAAAUUCACAACUUCCAUAUAUCUCAGGAAAUGCUUGAUGGUGCUAAGAAUUUUUAGUAUGAUGGAACAUGAUCUUGUCUCAUUUUUCUUCAAUGUUUCUGUUUUCUGUUGCCCUUAAGUUAUUGCCUUCUAACUGUUCAAACAACUAAAUAAAAUGCAUCAACAACUGUUGGCUUA